GUGCGGAAGCCCCAGAGUGUGUCCUGCAGCAGAGCGCGUUGAGCUUGCUCUUCCCGGGUAAUAAAAAAGGACAAACCGGGUUGCAGUGGAACGAGUAAAGGCGGUGAAUUUUACACGGCUGACGGUUUGGCCAUGGCGUCUAGCAAUUCCUGUGUGGUGAUCGGUGAUGAUGAACAGGGUUAUGAUCUUGAUCUCUUCUGCAUACCAAAGCACUAUGCUUCUGACCUGGAACGUGUCUAUAUACCUCAUGGACUAAUCAUGGACAGGACUGAGCGACUGGCCAGAGAAAUCAUGAAGGACAUGGGGGGACACCACAUUGUUGCCCUCUGCGUGCUCAAAGGAGGCUACAAGUUCUUUGCAGACCUGCUGGACUAUAUCAAAGCACUGAACCGCAACAGUGAUCGCUCCAUUCCAAUGACUGUGGACUUUAUUCGCCUCAAAAGCUACCAAAAUGACCAGUCUACAGGCGAUAUUAAGGUCAUUGGUGGAGAUGAUCUGUCCACUCUCACAGGGAAGAAUGUCUUGAUUGUUGAGGAUAUAAUUGACACUGGGAAGACGAUGCAGACAUUGUUAGAACUCCUCAAGCAGUACAAUCCAAAAAUGGUAAAGGUUGCCAGUUUACUUGUGAAGAGGACUCCAAGGAGUGUUGGCUACAGACCUGAUUUUGUAGGAUUCGAGGUCCCUGACAAAUUUGUGGUGGGCUACGCACUAGAUUACAAUGAGUACUUUAGAGAUUUAAAUCAUAUCUGUGUCAUCAGUGAAACAGGAAAAGAGAAGUACAAAGCUUGAGGUGGUCUGCACCUCCUCCUUCUAGCUGUGCAUAAUUUUUACGGAUGACCAUUUAAUAAUACAUCUGGAUUGUCAUUUUAACAAGUGCUGUUUGCUGCAGACACAGCUCCUUUUUUUCAGGAGUGAAAAGUGCAGAGACGUAGUUCCUUUCAAGGCAUGAUGGUUCACUCGUACUGUGAUCCCAAGCUUUUCUCGGCUGAAUCACAGAUGUAUUUUUGUUUGAAUGUAUUCAACUAGAAAAAGAAAAAAUAUAUAUAUAUGGUAGUAUAUUCCUUUAAUUUAUUUUGUAUAAUUUUUAAAUAAUUGCCCUUUUUUUCUAUGUUCAAGAUUAACUUUAUGCAGCUUGAUUGGAGAGCUUACAGCCUUAAGAGCUUAAAUUUAAGAGCUUAAUUGAUCAGAUUAAUCUCGUCUUUGCUCAUUGAACAAAAAUGCAUUACUAGUCAAACUUCUCCACUUUAAAUGCCAUGAUAUGAACAAUCAAUUAACUUUUUUUCUUUUUUAAAAUAAUGUAAUUUUUAUGCACAAUUAUUUCUGGUUGUCUGGAUUUUAAAAUGAGAUGGACAGCUGUAUUAUGGAUCCAAAAAGAUGUUUGACCACAAUUAGAAUGUUUACCCUUUGUCUUUUUUUUUUAUUAUUAUUAUUGAACUCUGUUAUUAUGCUCUGUUUUUAUGAUAUGCUUUGCAUAUUACAGAUUAUUAAAGCUUCUGUAAGCACA